UGCGUUGUAUGUGCCCCAACAAGAAGGCAGAGGAGCAGCGAAGGAGACCGAGCGUCCCAGCCACCCUUCCCACCAUGGCGCUGGGCCUGGAGCAGCUCGAGGAGCAGCGUUUAUACCAGCAGACCCUCCUUCAGGAUGGACUCAAGGACAUGCUGGACCACGGCAAGUUCCUGGACUGUGUGGUGCGCGUGGGAGAGCGCGAAUUCCCCUGCCACCGCCUGGUGCUGGCUGCCUGCAGCCCUUACUUCCGGGCGCGCUUCCUGGCGGAGCCCGAGGCCGCGGGCGAGGUGCGCCUGGAAGAGGUGUCCCCGGACGUGGUGGCCCAGGUGCUGCACUACCUGUACACGUCGGAGAUCACGCUGGACGAGGCGAGCGUGCAGGAGCUGUUCGCCGCGGCGCACCGCUUCCAGAUCCCGUCCAUCUUCACCAUCUGCGUGUCCUUCCUGCAGAAGCGCCUGUGCCUCGCCAACUGCCUGGCCGUCUUCCGCCUCGGCCUCCUGCUCGACUGCGCGCGCCUCGCCGUGGCCGCCCGCGACUUCAUCUGCGCGCGCUUCGCCCUCGUGGCGCGCGACAACGACUUCCUGGGGCUCUCGGCCGACGAGCUCAUCGCCAUCAUCUCCAGCGACGGGCUGAACGUGGAGAAGGAGGAGGCGGUGUUCGAGGCGGUCAUGAAGUGGGCGGGCAGCGGGGACACCGAGGCGCGUGCCGAGCGCCAGCGCGCGCUGCCCACCGUCUUCGAGAGCGUGCGCUGCCGCCUGCUGCCGCGCGCCUUCCUGGAGAGCCGCGUGGAGCGCCACCCGCUGGUGCGCGCGCAGCCCGAGCUCCUGCGCAAGGUGCAGAUGGUGAAGGACGCACACGAGGGCAAGAUGACCGUGCUGCGCAAGAAGAAGAAGGAGAAGGGGGCGGCCGGGGCCAAGGCGCCCGACAAGGACAAGGACAAGGCUGAGACUGAGAAGGAGGACGAAGAGGAGGGCGAACGGGUCCUGCCCGGAAUCCUCAAUGACACCCUGCGCUUUGGCAUGUUCCUGCAGGACCUCAUCUUCAUGAUCAGUGAGGAAGGCGCCGUGGCCUAUGACCCCGCCGCCAAUGAGUGCUACUGUGCCUCUCUCUCCACGCAGAUCCCCAAGAACCACGUCAGCCUCGUCACCAAGGAAAACCAGGUGUUUGUGGCCGGGGGCCUGUUUUACAACGAGGACAACAAGGAGGAUCCUAUGAGUGCUUACUUCCUGCAGUUUGACCAUUUGGACUCUGAGUGGCUGGGGAUGCCACCGCUGCCCUCACCGCGCUGCCUCUUCGGCCUGGGGGAGGCUCUCAACUCCAUCUACGUGGUUGGCGGCCGAGAGCUGAAGGACGGGGAGCAAAGCCUGGACUCCGUCAUGUGCUACGACAGGCUGUCGUUCAAAUGGGGGGAGUCAGACCCGCUGCCUUACGCCGUGUAUGGUCACACGGUACUCUCUCACAUGGACCUUGUCUACGUCAUUGGUGGCAAGGGCAGUGACAGGAAGUGCCUGAACAAGAUGUGCGUCUAUGACCCUAAGAAUUUCGAGUGGACGGAGUUGGCACCCAUGCAGACUGCCCGCUCGCUCUUCGGGGCCACUGUCCACGAUGGUCGUAUUUUUGUGGCUGCCGGGGUCACCGACACUGGGCUGACCAGUUCUGCCGAGGUGUACAGCAUCGCAGACAACAAGUGGACUCCCUUUGAGGCCUUCCCGCAGGAGCGCAGCUCUCUCAGCCUCGUCAGCCUCGGGGGCACCCUCUAUGCCCUCGGUGGCUUUGCCACACUGGAGACUGAGUCGGGGGAGCUGGUCCCCACAGAGCUGAAUGACAUCUGGAGGUACAACGAGGAGGAGAAGAAGUGGGAGGGCGUGCUGCGGGAGAUCCCCUAUGCAGCCGGCGCCACGUUCCUGCCUGUGCGGCUCAACGUGCUGCGCCUGACCAAGAUGUGAC